AUGACGGCAGGUCGAAAUAAGGGCACCGGUCUCACCGGUAAACCGCUGCUCUACUUCACCACUGUAUUUGUAUCGCUCGGAGUGUUUCUCUUUGGAUAUGAACAGGGUGUCAUGAGCUCGGUUAUUGUGUCGGUUUAUUUCAAAGAUUUCUUUGAUCAGCCCACCAGAGCAGAAAUCGGAACUAUGAUUGCCAUUCUCGAAAUCGGCGCUUUAAUAUCAUCUUUGAUUGUAGGAAGGGUAGGCGAUAUUAUCGGUCGCCGAAAAACCAUCUUUUAUGGAGCACUGAUUUUUGUCAUUGGAGGUUGUUUCCAAGCAUUCUGUCCUUCAAUGAGUAUAUUGGUCAUUGGACGAUUUAUAUCCGGUAUUGGAGUAGGAAUGCUAUCGACAAUUGUUCCUGUUUACCAGUCUGAAAUCUCCCCAUCGCAUAAUCGUGGUAAAUUGGCAUGUAUUGAGUUCACUGGUAAUAUUGUAGGUUACUGCUCCUCAGUAUGGGUUGACUACGCAUGCAGUUAUAUUCAUAGUGAUAUGGCAUGGAGACUCCCACUAUUUUUACAAUGUGUUAUGGGAACGUUAUUAUUGCUCGGAUCGUUGAUUAUUGCUGAGACUCCUCGUUGGUUAUUGGAUAAUGACUACGAUGACGAAGGAAUGGUAGCGAUUGCUGAUCUCCACGGAGGUGGUGAUAUUUAUAACCCACAGGCACGCCAGGAAUUUAGAGAGAUCAAGGAAGCAGUAUUGCUACAUCGAAUGGAAGGUGAACGUAGUUAUUCAGACAUGUGGCGUAAAUAUAAGAAGCGAGUUCUUAUUGCCAUGUCUUCACAAGCAUUUGCUCAAUUGAAUGGUAUCAAUGUGAUUUCUUACUAUGCUCCUCUUGUAUUUGAACAGGCUGGCUGGGUCGGUCGAGAUGCCAUUUUAAUGACUGGUAUUAAUGGCAUUGUAUAUAUUAUGUCUACCAUUCCACCAUGGUACCUGUCUGAUAGAUGGGGAAGAAGAGUUAUUCUGAUUUCUGGUGCCAUCGCCAUGGCCAUCUCCCUAUCGACUAUAUCAUAUUUCAUGUAUGUGCAAGUAUCGUACACACCUACGAUGGUGGUGAUAUUUGUUGUGAUAUACAACGCAUUUUUUGGAUAUUCCUGGGGUCCCAUUCCUUGGCUUUAUCCACCUGAAAUCAUGCCUUUAUCAGUCCGAGCAAAGGGUGCAUCAUUAUCUACCGCAUCCAACUGGGCUUUCAACUGGCUUGUAGGACAAAUGACGCCAAUUUUACAGGAAAAAAUCCAAUGGCGUCUGUAUUUGAUGCAUGCAUUUUUUUGUAUUUGUUCGUUUGUCACUGUAUACUUUGUCUAUCCUGAGACAAUGGGUGUCCAGCUCGAGGAUAUGGACUCACUGUUUGGUGACAAAUCAAUAAGGUCCUCAAGCGCAUCUAGCAUCGACACUCAAUCACUAUUAUCACAUGGAAAUGAUGAUGUUGAGCCCAAUUAUUCUGGUCCUUCGACGUUGCAACCAUCAGCUGCCGCAAUUGCUCGGGGCCGAAGUAUGUCUGGAGGUACUGCUCCAUUUAUUACAAACUCGACUGCCUUUUCGGCGGUGCUGACUUCAUCUGCUAGUGGUAGUGGUGCUAUUCGAGAUGAGGAAGACGACAUAGAAGCCCCCAAGCCAGUGAAAGAGUCACCACCAACCGGUGGGGUCACUGGAUUCCUGUAUAGAGCAUUUGGUGGAAAGGAUAAAUCAAAGGUCCCAAAUACUGAUGAUUACAAGCCUUUGAACCGGAAUAACGAAUCUCCAUUUGAAGAAGAUUAG